CCGACGAUAAGGCUCCAAAAGUUGGCGACAAACUAGACUUGGACAACUUCGGUGGUGAUAUUGAGACUGACGAAGGGCAAAAAACCACGCUGAAAGAUCUCGUCGAUGCUAGUGAAGCUGGUGUCGUGCUGUUCACGUACCCUAGAGCUUCAACCCCAGGCUGUACGUAAAAAUCUCUACUCCCACCUCCCCAAUUCCCCCGCACUCUGCCAUGAGGAUAAUCUGGUGCGGGUACAAACACGCAUGGUGGUCAUCGAAUACACCCGUUCGCGAUUAUGGCCUUUGAUAUAAUCAUCCGCUGCAGUAAUCCUAGAGAAGCUAAUAUAUCAACAGGUACCAAACAAGCCUGUUUGUUCCGUGACAACUAUGACUCUAUCACGGAAAGUGGUUUAACGAUUUACGGCCUUUCAGCGGACUCACCAAAGGCAAAUACUACGUUCAAGACUAAACAAAGGUUGCCAUACCCUCUUCUCUGCAAUCCCACCGCUACAUUGAUAGCAGCUCUUGGACUUAAAAAGUCGCCAAAAGGCACAAUUCGAGGAAUCUUUGCUAUUGAUAAAGAGGGCAAAGUUUUGAUACUACAGGCCGGAGGCCCCGAUGCAACGCUUGAUGCUGCACGUAAUCUAGCUGCAGAAUUGAAGAAACCGAGCUCCGGAGACGAAACCCGCCACGCGAGUUCACCAGCUAAGGAUGACUAGUCAUUGAUAGUGAUAACCAGCAUAUCACUUCAAUGGGGUUGCUCCCAUUGAACGUGGUAGCUGAUGGAUUCAUUUGUUACAGACAUAUUGAGGCCUUGAGGUUUCCAAUUGGUACAUGCCUUGUCUGGCAUAAGCACUAUAUGCAAUUCCAAAUCAUUCUCGCGAUUG